CAUUUCCUAGCUGUACUUGUACUUGUCUCUCUCUCUCUCUCUCCGAUUUCAGUUUUCACAUAAGUAGUACACCGCCAGUGACUGUUCCAUUACUCUUCAACACUCAUGGAGCAUGAAACCAGCAACGUUGAGCAGCAGCCAAUACGACGUAGUUCCGGGAGAAGAAAGGCCAAGGGCGGCGGCGACGAGAAGAAGAACAAGCAGCCGCGGAGAGGAAUGGGAGUGGCGAAGCUGGAGCGGCUGAGGGAGCAGGGUGAGAUCGAUCCACCAUUUCUGGAGAUGAAUGCUUCUUCUGCCUGGAGCCCCCUCGCUUUCUACGGCCUCAGUCCGCAGGACUCGCCUUUUCUUCUUAAGAAUCCUGAUGGGAAUGUCCUCAAGUGCUACUCUCUAAACUGUAAUGCUUGUCACAAGAAAAAGAAGAUUAAUGGUGGCGCCAGACCACCGAUGUAUCGCCGCUUUCUGGGGCUAGAUUUCGGCGACACUCAGAAUGUCUUAAAUCAAGAUCAUCGAGGGGCAAAACCACCGCAGCCUCUUGGGAAUUAUGGCCACAAGGUGGAGGUAGUGGCAGUUCACAGGAAAAUAGGAUCAUCUAGCAAUUGGGAUGGUGGGAACAACGGUGUGGUAAUGGAGUAUGAGUUCUUUCCGCCGUCGGUGAAAUCAAAUGAGGAGGGCGAAUUGGUUGGGGUUUUGGGGAAUUCUUCAAUGCCUGGAUUUGAUGCCUCCAGUUGUGUUGAUCUGUCUCUCAAGCUCUCUUACUAGGAAAAAUACAUGCCUUUCUUCUCAUAAACCUUUUAUGUGGAAUGCAUUUGUCUGCACCUCCAAAACACAGCAUUUUCUUUAUUUUUUUGGUUGUUAAACUACUUUCAUCUCCACAACGGGCAAUACAUUUUCUGAUAUUUUAGGCUCCACCGUCCCUCUCUCUCACACUCUCUCUCUCUCUCUAAUUAUUACUGUGAUCUUACUGGUAGCUUUCACUGGGAUCUCUUGUUUUACUAGCAAUGAAGAUUCUAUUGUGAGCCAUGCAUUAAUUUAGUCUUCGCUAAGAUGGUUC